GGUCUCAGCUGUUCUUGUCAGAUAAGCGUAAGUUACCAGUGAUACAUGAGACUGUCAAAUCCAACCCACAUUGUACACUUUUGUCCAUUUUAACAGUUUGUCCCCAUGGCUUCGUUUGGGCCCCCGACACCAGGGCCCAGUCCCACACAUUUCGCUACUAAAGUCGAGCUCACCAUCUCCUGUGAAAACCUCAUGGACAUGGACAUUUUCUCCAAGUCUGACCCUUUAUGCGCCCUGUACCUUAACACUACAGACUCCAACUGGUAUGAGUAUGGUCGGACAGAAAUGAUCCUGAACUGCCUGAAUCCAAAGUUUUCUAAGAAGUUUGUCCUGGAUUAUUACUUUGAGAUGGUGCAGAGGCUGAAGUUCUGCGUGUACGAUAUCGACAAUGACACCUACGACCUCGGUGACGAUGAUUUCCUGGGUGAACUGGAGCUCACUCUGGGUCAGAUAGUUUCCAGUAAACAGAUAACCAGACCUUUGUUACUACAAGAUCGGAGGCCAGCGGGUCACGGCACCAUCACAAUUUGUGCGGAGGAGAUCACCGACACAAGAAUCGCAAACUUCGAAGUGUCUGCACGAAGUUUGGACAAAAAAUAUUUGUGGUGGUCGGAUCCUUUUCUGGAGUUUUUCAAAGCGACAGAGCUGGGAUGGCAGCUGGCUCACAGAACAGAGGUGGUAAAAAACAAUCUGAAUCCAAUAUGGCGGCCGUUCCGGGUCUCGUUGCGAGCGCUGUGUGGAGGAGACGUGGAGAAGACCAUCAAGGUGGAUUGUUACGACCAUCACAUCAGCGGCUCUCAUUCUCUCAUCGGGAGCUUUAAAACCACACUGGCUGAACUGCAAGUCGCCACACACACUUCACCUGUUGAAUUUGAAUGUGUCAACCCCAAAAAACAGAGGAAGAAAGACUAUAAAAACUCUGGAGUUAUCUGUGUGAGACGCUGCCAGGUGGAGCGAGAGUUCACGUUUCUGGAUUUCAUCAUGGGCGGAUGUCAGUUUAACUUCACUAUCGCCAUAGACUUCACAGGGUCCAAUGGAGACCCCAGAACGCCCCAGUCUCUGCACUACAUAAACCCAGAAGGCUACAACGAAUACCUGGCUGCGAUUUGGGCCGUGGGCACCGUGAUCCAGGACUAUGACAGUACCAAGAUGUUUCCUGUGUUUGGAUUUGGAGCUCAGGUGCCUCCAUCUUGGCAGGUUUCUCACGAGUUUCCAAUAAAUUUUGAUGCUUCAAAUCCCUUCUGUGCAGGCAUUGAGGGCGUGGUGACGGCCUAUCAGCAGUGUCUCCCUCAGAUCAAACUCUGGGGUCCCACAAACUUCUCUCCGAUCAUAAACCACGUGUCCUGCUUCGCCCGACAGGCUCUGACACAGAACAUGGCGUCACAAUACUUCGUUCUCCUGAUCAUCACUGACGGCGUGAUCACAGACAUGGACCAGACGCGCACCGCCAUCGUGAACGCCUCUCAUCUGCCCAUGUCCAUCAUCAUCGUGGGCGUGGGCGGAGCCGACUUCAGCGCCAUGGAGUUCCUCGACAGCGACGACCGACUGCUGCGAGCUCCCAACCACGAGGUCGCCGCCAGAGACAUCGUUCAGUUUGUGCCAUUCAGACAGUUUCAGGGAAACAGCGUGGCGUUGGCUCAGAGCGUCUUGGCUGAGCUUCCAGAUCAAGUGACGUCUUUUUUCAACUCGUACAAACUCAAACCUCCAAACACCUACAACCAGCCCGAGCCUUUAUAAACUGACUUUUACUGUUUAACUGUUAAAUACCCUACCUCAUUCACUUGCUGUUUAACACACUACACACUGCUUCUACUGUGAAAGAUCAGUCUGUCUAAGCCUUAAAGCGUUUGGUAGAGGCUCCGUCAAAUGCUUUUCUUCGUGGAGAUGUUAUUGCUUUGUCUGGAAUGUUUCACAGUGUGGCAUUAAACCUUUCAAUCGUCAUGGAAACCUGUGGAGAGGCAACACCGUCUGUUUUUCGAUGGUAUUUUUGAGCUAAAAUAAUCACCUGUAAUUGAAUAAAUGUAAUGUAGAGCUGUUUAAUGCCAUACUGUGGGACAUUCCAGGCAGAGCAGUAACAUACGGUAUCCAUAGAAACAAGCAGGUGACGGAUCCCGAACCAGAAAGUUACACAGUGCACGUUUAACUGUGUCUAAAUAUAACAUGUGCUAAGCUUUCUUAAAAGGUACACUCUGUAACUUUUCUGGUGGAGGGUCCAGUACCUGCCUGUUUCCAUGGGGAUGUUGAUCAGAAUCUUCCACACUACGGCAUUAAACUUGCCUAUCUUGCAUUUAUUGUUGUUAGUAGCUUUAAAAACAUGCAUUCGUACUGAGAGCGGUGUCACCUCUCCACAGUUCUGACCUGUAACUCGGCCUUGGUGGCGUUACCUGCUCGUUUCCAUGGAGAUAUAGAUGGAAAUGUAUGUCGUAUUAAAGGGACAUUAUGUAAUUUUUCUGAUAGAGAGUCUACCAGCCGAGUGUAUCCAUGGAUAUAGAGAGAUUUAAUGCUCUAGUGUGGAGUAUUCACGGCAAAGCAAUGACAUUUCUAUAAGGCCAAGCAGAUGAUGGACCGACCAGCUGAAAAGUUACAUAAUGCACCUUUAAUUUGAUACACAUUUUCACCUCAAAUAAACGUACAGAUAUACUAAUAGCUGUACUUCUACUUUUGCCAUUUUAGUGUAUUAGUCAUAAUCUUAUAACAUGUGUAAUGUUAUUAAAUGUGUAUUGCUGUAUUUAGUUACUAUAAAUUCUCAUUAACGGAA